CUUAUCUACUGUCUGGCGUGAGUGAACCAACGGGAAGAGUUACGGGUGAUGUUGCCUGUCCGGCUGAGGCGGAACGAGUGCCUGCUGUUGUCGGUGUACCUGGUGUGUGUACCGCUGCUGGUGACGCAGUUCUGGCAGGAUGGGGCGCGGUCCUACCGCACGCCGAGGCAGCAGGGAGGGGAGACCGUCACUCUCAUGACAGUUGAGAACAUCACUUCGUGCGUCCUUCCCAAAUAUCACAGUCCCAAAGCAGUUAAAACUCCCAAGGAGACCAUCGCUAGUCCCCGCGCCAUCUUUCGGAAUGGCAGUGUAUUCCAGACCAACAGCACUGUCGUGGAGACACCAAAGGACCUUCUCAAUUUCUUCACCACCCUGGAGUCCAAAUCGUGGCGAUUCAACAAAAAGCGAACUGCAGACUUCAGACGACAGUUGGAGGAGAAAACCCAGACGAGACAGCUGAUGGUGCUCACGAGGCGAAACACGCCGCCGAAAUCCAGGAUUAAAUAUGCCAAGGCUCCAAACGAAAGCUUCUACAUAUCGGAACAAAUCUGGAGAAACCAGCCACAGGAUGUGCCAUUUGACGAAGAGUACCACAUGAGAUGCAGCAUCGUUGGAAAUGGCGGAAUUUUAAAGGGGAGUGGAUGUGGAAAAGAAAUUGACAAGUCGGAUUUUGUUAUAAGGUUUAACUUCCCGCAUGUGAGUCGGCCGUAUGUGAAGGAUAUCGGCAUCAGAACCCACAUGCUGGCCUGUAACGCCGGGAUCAUCGACAGGAAUUUCAGAAAGAUGCACAGCCUUUCCAGGAACUGGUUACAGAAAUAUCAGAUGAUCUUCCGCGUGGGGAAGUUCGGGAAGAGCACGUUACUGGCCUUCCCGUUCAUGGUCCCCGGCGGGCAUCAGUCCAGAGUCGUCAAGAUGCAACAAGUUAUCAGAGCGCAGAAAAUCAGCAACAAGGUUGUUUUUAACAAUCCGCGGCACCGACACCUUAUGUACGACUUUUGGAAAUCACGGGGACUUCAAACUAGGAGUUUAAGUUCAGGGUUCUAUGUGAUCAACGCUGCUCUGUCCUUCUGUGACGAGGUGGUGGUUUACGGCUUCUGGCCGUUCGACAAAGACCGUGCCGGGCGGCGGCUGCGGUACCACGUCCCGGCGCAGGCCACCACCGUGGACGCCGGCAUGACCAACCCCUGGCACCGCAUGGACCGGGAGUUCUUCAAACUAGCGGAGCUCUACUCGCAGGGAAUCAUUAAACUAGUCACCAAACCAUGUGUCAAACCACCGGCGAAGAAGAAGAAGAAGACAAAACCCAAAAAGUCAUAGACACUUACGGAUGGUAAGCCUGUGACUUGACUAUGGGUCUUAUGUAGGUUACAAAACCGUUGUUACAAAAUGGUUGAAAGCGUUGUUAUGCUUCAAUGUUGACAUACUGAUAGUUUAACAGUGGGCUAUACAAGAAUGCGGAGAUUUAUGACUUGUCUUGAUCCCCAGGAUACUGACCCGCAAUCAUACAGAUUCCACUGCCACGAUAUGCCGUGAUGAAACCUUCUCCGCAGGUCGCAAUCAAAUUAAGAUUCACGUCUUAACUUUAAUAAUUUCUUGAGUCAUGUCUGACAUUUUUAGGACAGGACUUGUGACCCGUCUUGGGCAGGGUCGCAAACCAAUCAAGUCAAAACGCCUUGGCUAUCAUAUCAUACAAUAUAAUGUCAAGAGUGAAGUGAGGUUGUAACUAGCAAUUUUUCUCGGCUCAAGACUUGUCACAAGCCGUGCCUGUAAUACGUGCAACAGGCUUAAGUCAUGAAUCAAAAACGGCUCAACCUACCAGGUCGUCUUACAAGACAAGCCUUGGACGACUCGGGUGAUCCUUUUUGUAUGAUGAUACAGCAGGAUCAUACAAAAAGGAUUACCCGAGUCGUCCACGGCUAUGAUAAGACGUGAUUCUUAACGGACGUCACGAUCCGUUCCCGUCAAUUUCCUUCCACCGAGAUAAUGUCUUCAUCCUACCCGGCCUGCCAGUAAAGUCCCGGCCACACAUACACCGCACGGUGCACCGACGGCGGAGGGUGUUCCGCGAUGAUCGUGCCGUAGAUAUGAGACCGAACAGAUGCAAUAGUUUAAUUUUGGGACUAUUGCGCCAGUUGUUUUCAAACCGGCACGAUCGGUGGGGAAACCCCUCCAUCGUAGGUGCAUUGUGCGCUGAGUGUGACCGGGGCUUAACGUCCACAGCAGGGCAGCCAGGUAAAGGACAAUGA